CGAACCCAGAUUUUUUUCUACUUCCGGUAUCUUGCGUUCUCACGUUUCCGGAGGCGCGGAGGUGCGCGUAUGUUCUCGCGAGAGGAGAGAAAGGGCGCAGGGUUUGAAACAUGGCGGACGACGUGGACCAGCAACAAACUACCAAUACCGUAGAGGAGCCCCUGGAUCUCAUCAGGCUCAGCCUGGAUGAGCGAAUUUAUGUGAAAAUGAGAAACGACCGAGAGCUUCGAGGUAGAUUACAUGCUUAUGAUCAACAUUUAAAUAUGAUAUUGGGAGAUGUGGAAGAAACUGUGACUACUAUAGAAAUUGAUGAAGAAACAUAUGAAGAGAUAUAUAAAUCAACAAAACGGAAUAUUCCGAUGCUUUUUGUCCGAGGCGAUGGUGUUGUACUAGUGGCCCCCCCAUUGAGAGUUGGCUGAAAUAAAGAAUUUGUCCUGUGUGGAAAAUAGGAGACUUUGUACUACCACCUCUUUAAAUGUCGAAGAUAUGGGAAGGAAAAGUAUGUAAAUUUUGUUAUUAAGAAACAACCAAGGAUUCUUCAUGAGUUGUAGAUAACACACCAGUUCUUAAGCUAAAUAGCAUUUUUAUUUUUUGCAGCCCUUCCAAAAAAAUGUCAUCACAAAAUGCAAAACUUUUUCAGGAGUUGGUUUGCUCCGUUAUUUUUCCAAACAAUUUCUGAUUUUUUUUCUUCAAAUUAAAUCUGACUUUUCCUUUUUUGAGUUUUUAAAAAACAUGCAGUCUCCUGUCCUGUGAAUUCUUUAAAGGAAGCACGCCUACAUUCACUUAAUACACAUUUACAGUGCAUCUACUCCGUUACAGGCACCAAGUCAGGUGCUGGCCUACUAGUUUUGUCACUGUACUUCCUGCUGUCAAGUCUUCUAGGGACGCAUUUGUUGAAACCAACAAUUACAGAGUAGUGAGAUUAGCACUGACAGAAUAAUGCUGAUAAGGUGUCUUAAGAGUACCCAAAUCAGGAUGUUGUGGGUGGGUAGGUGUGGUGAUUGUAAUUUGUCAUUGUAAACAUUAACAUCUGCAGUAAAAUAUGAAGGGCAUUUUGUUCCUUA